GGCCACGUGAUCAGUGGAGAGUUGGCAAGAAUCGCUGCAUCUACAAAUUAACUUGAAGAGCAGUUUAUGCAGCAGUAGAAGCUUUUAUCCUCUGCACUAGGAGAAGCAGAAAACCGGAAGAGUUAUUAAAGCUGUGGUAAUUGAGGAACAGAUGUUGUAGGAGUGUUAUCAAUCUGCUAGAACUUAAUACACCCAGCGGGUUACAAUGACUCCUACUGAGAACAUGACUGUUUUCUCUGCGGCAGAUCGCUGUCCCAACUGCAGCUCCUCCGCCCACCCAGAGGUGGACGUAGCCAAGGCUGUGGUUUUGGGGAUGGUGCUAUUGGUGUUUGUGGUGUUCGGAGUUCUUGGCAACAUCUUGGUUAUCCUGUCGGUGUUGUUCCACCACCACUGGCGCUCUGUGACACACUACUUCAUUGCCAACCUGGCAGCGGCAGACCUACUGCUCAGCUCCGCCGUACUGCCCUUCUCCGCCACCUCGGAGGCUCUUGGCAGAUGGGUGUUUGGCCGGUCUUUCUGCAGCGUCUGGGCCGCCCUUGAUGUCCUCUGCUGCACUGCCUCUAUCCUCAGCCUGUGUGUGAUCUCUAUCGACCGCUACCUGGCUGUCAGCUACCCUCUGCGCUACCCUGCCAUAGCUACGGGGAGGCGAGGCCUGACCGCGGUGGCUGCUCUCUGGGGACUCUCGGCAGCUAUAUCUGUGGGCCCCCUGUUUGGCUGGAAAGAGCCUGACCCAGAGGAUGAGACUGUGUGCCGAAUUACAGAGGAGCCGGGCUAUGCUUUGUUCUCAGCACUAGGAUCUUUCUAUAUCCCUCUGGCCAUCAUCCUGGCCAUGUACUGCCGUGUGUAUACUGUGGCCAAGAGAGAGACAAAAACCCACAGGAAGGGCAGUAAGGUAGAUGGGGUUGAGACAGAGGGGGUGAUGCUGAGGAUACACAGAGGGAAUGCUGCUCAGACGGGGAAGCAGGAGGAGGAUGAGGUUACCACGAGGCAGAAACGUACCACCUUUUCCCUACCGAGGCUGCUUAAGUUCUCAAGAGAAGAGAAGGCAGCCAAGACUCUUGGCAUUGUUGUCGGGUGCUUCAUUCUGUGCUGGCUCCCUUUUUUCCUGGUUUUACCCAUCGGAUCCAUCUUCCCAUCCUGUAAGCCUUCUGAAACAAUCUUUAAGAUAACCUUCUGGCUGGGUUACCUCAACAGCUGCAUUAACCCCAUUAUCUACCCAUGCUUCAGCCGGGAGUUCAAGAAAGCCUUCCACAAUGUGCUCCGUGGUCGCUGCCUGAGAACUGGGGCGCUGACUGCCAAACCGCAAGGACACAUAACCAGCCAUUCUUCCAGUCCAGGCCCCACGUCCAAUACCUCUGUUAUGUCAGGCCAAAGCUGUGUCACCAUAUCCUCAUGGUGUUGCUGCAGGGCGCUUUCAACCUCUUCCUCGUCUGUCGGUGUUCCAGAUCAGGCUCAAAGUGCACAAAUCCAGAGCAAGAGUCUGCUGAAGGCGUGGUGUUUCUCAGCAAGUCGAACGCCGGUACCACGAAACCCCUCCGGUCACGGAUCAACCAAGGUCUUAUGCCUGUCCCUUGGCGUCACAGGAGAGGCUGUUUGA